AUGAUCAUCGAGCAUGCAUUCAAGAAGGGUGGAAAAUUUGGCGGAGAACCUGUGGUUGGUAUGGCGGCUGAUAUCCCGCUUUCUCGUCGUGUGCAACUCGCCGUGCUUGCUCAUAUUCGUCACAAUCAUACCCGUUAUGACAAACUUCUCAAGGAGACUUCUUACGUCAAUGCUCGAAAGACAGUCGAAGCUCUAUGCCUUGAUAUCCUCGUCAAGUGGCGAGGAGAUGAAGAGACCGGUAGGGAUCAGCUGGAUGAGAUCCUCCGUGAAGUCGUCGUCAUUUCCGACGACUCAGACGAUUCAGACGAUGACGAUACUGAGUCCAGCGACGGUGACUCUGUCCAGGAGAUUUUGCCUAGCAAUGCUAACUACUCUGGCAAUUACCAAGGAGAAUAUGGGCUCCGCGAAGAACCGCGCGGCUGCUAA